AUGACUAGUACAUCGGGGGGUCAAUCGAUCAGACUUGAAGUCAUUAGCGGAAACAACAUCAGUGUACCCUCUGGCCGCAUACCCGCAGGCAUUUACGUGUCCGUCAACGUCAACCCGAGGAGAUGCUGGAAAUCAACCGCCCGAGUCCUAUCGUCCGAUGAUUCUGUAGCAUGGGGCGAUACCGUGAUCUUAUCACGGGACACAUUGCCUACUAGAUUAUCACUGGAAAUACGGGCAUCCUUUGAGCUCGGUCGAAUGCUAGGCGAUGGAGAAGUUAUUAGCAAACUUGAGACCUCGUGGAAUGAGCUACUAGAUCAUGGAGAUGAACCAUUUGAUCUGACCUUCCUACCCGCUGAUGAUGAUGAUGAUGGUGAUGGUGACGAUGAUGAGAAUGACGAUGAGGAUAAGGAUGACGACGAUGACGACGAUGAUGAGGAUGAAGAUGAUGAGGACGACGAUGACGACGAUGGGGACGACGAUGGGGAUGAAGAUAAUGACGACGACGAUGAAAAUGUGUACCCUUCCCUCACCCUGAAGGCCACUGUCGUCUGUGCCCAGGGUAUAGAGUUGGAUUCUGUUACUGGAAGUGAAAUUGCUUGUCGCACGGAUGCAGGUCACAUGCAAUUUGCCAAAUACAUGACAGAUGAGAAUGAAUCUGAUCUGAAAAAUGCUGUACAGCAUUUCCAGUUCGUUCUGGACCGGUGUCCUGUCGGCCAUCCUGAUCAUGCUGCUGCCCUCACCAACCUUGCAUGGGCCUGUCUUAAAGGUUAUAUCUGCAAGGAUCUUCAAGACAUUGAUUCUACCAUCUUUCUAUUCCGUGAUGCCCUUGCAUUGUGUCCGCAGGGCCACCCCGAUCGUGCAUCGUCUAUAUAUCAUCUCACUGAAGCUUUGACCUGGCGCUACAUCAAACAAGAUACCCCCGCUGAUAUCCAUGAAUCUGUUCAACUCUACCACGAGCUACUGCCUCUUUGUCCUGAGGGCACCUAUCUUCGGAACAUCGCAGCAGGGGACGAUGGUGUGGAUUAUGUGAUCAAUGCAUGCAACAAUCUUCCAACAGAUGCAUCUGAUGAAGGUAUCCAACUUCGACGAGUCGUGCUCGAGCUCUGCCCUCUGAGCCAUCAAUACUGUCCCACAGCCCUCGACGAACUUGCACUGGCAGUCCAAGAACGCUUUAAUCAACAUGGCAGCAUCGAGGAUCUUGAAGAGAGCAUAAAACUUGGUCGUGAAGCUGUUUCUCUGUGCCCCGAGGGACAUCCUGACCGUGCUAAAUACCUGAAUGACUUGGCCAACUCAAUCAGAUCCCGUUUCAGUCAGCAAGGCAAAUCUGAUGACCUCGAUGAGGCCAUCUCUCUAUCUGAAGAAGCACUGCUCCUGUAUCCUGUCGGGCAUGAAUUUCGUGAUGUAUCACUGGACAACCUAGGUCUUACCCUCCACAGCCGUUUUGUGCACCGCAAUGACAUUAACGACAUCAACAAGGCUAUCGGUUUCUUUCGCGAGUCACUGUCAUUGUGCCCACCUGGGCAUCCAGGUCGUGACACCGUACUUAGCAACCUUGCCCUCGUACUCAGCACCAGAUAUGAUGAAAUACAAGCCAGCGAGGAUCUUGACGAGGCCAUCGAUCUUUACCGUGAAUCGCUUCGGUUAACGCAACCUGAUGAUCCAGAGCGCCAUACAAAUCUUAACAAUUUGAGCUCGGCGCUCUGCUCUCGUUUCACGGAAAAUCAGGCGAAAGAAGAUGUCGAGGAGGCCAUUGAUCUCUGCCAACGGUCAUUGUCAAUUUUGCCUCCAUUGCACCCAGGUAGAUAUUUCAGCUACAUGCAGCUGCAGGAGGCCUAUCUAUCUCGUUACGAGAUGCAGGACAACCCUAUCGAUUUGUCACUCGCAAUGGAGAACUUCAGACUGGCAUCAGGACACCCCACGCAAGGAUAUCCAAGCCGCAUCAAGGAGGCUAUUGACUGGGCGCUCCAAGCCGAAAUCUAUCAACAUGAAUCUGCCCUCGAAGCAUACCAAGUGUACUUGAAGCUUUUCGAUAAUCAUGUCAUGACGCGAUCCUCAAUUAUCUCACGACGCGAUGCUGCAACUGCUUUCCGUGGUGCACAAUCACUUCCAGUAGAUGCAGCAUCAUGCGCUAUUCGUCGCAAUAAUCUGCAACGAGCGGUUGAACUUGAGGAGCAGGGGCGCGGUCAACAAUGGUCGCUGGCCUCUCGACUCAGGACUCCGCUGGACGACCUCAAAUCUGCGAGUUUGCCACUCGCGAACAAACUAUCAGAGCUAAGCAAGCGCCUAUCUGAUGCUCAGGGUUCCACGGGCAGCGCAGACAGAGCUUCUGCUGAUCGGGCAGCAGCAGAGUACAGAAAACUUACGGAGCAGUGGGAAGUUGCGGUAGCUGAAGUCCGCAAUCUUCAAGGAUUCUCGCGAUUCCUUCUCCCACUGUCAUAUGAAGAUUUGCAAGUGGCAGCGCGUCAUGGCCCAGUCAUCAUCCUCAUCGCGAGCGAAUACUCCCGCAAUGCUAUCAUAAUCCCAACGUCAGGGCAACCCCAUCAUGUUCCCUUCCCAGAUCUCACUUUCGCAGAUGUGGAGCAACUCAAGGACGACUUCGCUAAGGCGAUACAGCAAGCAUCUUUUAUGGGCCCAAAGCAGCCAAGGACGGGCCUGAAAGCACUCUUGCGGAAGAUCUGGGACGAGGUCAUGCUACUCAUCGUCAGGGUACUCCAGCGUGAUCUGAGAUUGCCAGGUCGUUCUCGAAUCUGGCUGUGUCCGACAGCAGCAUUCACGUCCAUUCCUCUUCACGCAGCUAACCCGUUUCGAACGAAGGCUGAUUGCUCUGAGCUGGAACUAUGCCUGGAGGAUGUUUACAUCUGCUCUUACACACCUACGCUUUCGGCUCUGAUUAGAGCUCGACAGACGAUGAAGACGCACUUGAUCCCGUCCUUCGUGGCGAUCGGGCAGGGUCAACCGGGUGCAGGGCAAGGCAAGGAGCUCUUGACUGUCGAGAGUGAGCUUGAGCUAGUUCGUUCGCUUGUCCCCGCAACAGUCAACCCUAUCACUCUGUCUGGUGACGCAGCAACACGAGCAGGUGCACUUGAAGCUUUGCAAAACAACACAUGGGUGCACCUCGCUUGUCAUGGCAAGCAAGACCAUGACCAGCCAUACUACUCACAUUUUGCUAUGAAAGACGAACCCCUCACGCUGCUUGACAUCAUGGAAAACGAUGCUCCGCAAGCUGAAUUCGCAUUCUUAUCGGCAUGUCAUACCGCUGCGGGCGAUGAGGAGACCCCCGACGAAGCCAUCCACCUCGCAGCUGGUCUGCAGUUUUCGGGGUUCAAGAGCGUCAUUGGCACGCUGUGGGUAGUGGAUGACGCUGUCGCAAAACACGUCGUCAAAGCUUUUUACGAAAAUUUGUUCAAGGAUUUGAAGGAGGGUGACAUGCCGGACUGUACGAAGGCGGCUUGGGCACUGAACAAGGCUACGUACGCUGUGAAGAUGAAAGUGCCGCUCGAGCAGAGAAUUGUUUUUGUUCAUAUUGGCGUGUAG